AUGCUGGCGUGUAUCCAAAGACGACAGAACUUCCCCUCGCACCAUGUGACCUGCUCGGCCAAAAGUGUCAUGGCCGCCACACCGCCACAGCUGCUGCCGGCGCCACAGCUGCUGCCGGCGCCACAGCUGCUGCCGGUGCCACAGCUGCUGCCGGUGCCACAGCUGCUGCCGGCACCACAGCCACAACCACAGCUUGGCGUCUCCAAAGGUGGCGCCGCGUCCCUGGCCUCGCGGUACCCCUCCACCGCCGAGCUGGAUGCGUUCGCCCAGAAGACCUCCAGGAGCCCUCUGAGCAUCAAGAUCUUUCAGAAUGAGGUCCGCGUUCCUCAACACAAACAGUUAAACAAAACCAUCAACGGCCUGGACACCACCAGCUCCUGCUCCUACAACCGCUCUGGAGGCCAUCAGGGUCUGCUCGCCGUGGUCAAAGCCUCGGUGAGCGUCAGAGCAGUGGUGAAGAGCUCAGAGGGAAAGAGGACUAAACAUUUAAGUGGACAGACAAACAUGGCGCCGUACAACAGCAUAAGCCACGGCUACAGACACAAGGCUUAUCACAGCAGCUCGUGUAAGGCCUCUGAGGGCGGGACCAGGGUGCUCUCGGGGGGGUCCUGUCUCGUUCCACAGCAGGAGCUGGCGCAGGUUCAAAGUCUGAUAAGACAGAUGAGCAAAAACCCUCACCGAGCGCCGCUGCAGCUGGGAGGAGAGGCCCGAGCCAGCCCCUCUGUGCAGCCAGCUGUGGCGCCUCAGAGCGGGGCGGAGCACAGGCAGCAGCAGCAGCAGAGAGGGAUGUGGAUGUACCAGGCUGGAGCUGGGACUCUGGCUGGUUCUGGGUCUCGGGCUGGAGCUGGGACUCUGGCUGGUUCGGGGACUCUGAUUGGACAGUCUCCGGAGAGCGUGAUGUCGUUAGCGUACCCCGUGUCUCAGCUGCAGUACAUGCGGCAUCCUCCAGGCGCAGUGCAGGACAGAGUGAGCUGCACACUCGGGGAUUUCUCCACAGCAUCUCUGACGAAGGAGGAAGUCUAUCGCCCAAACAUGUCGGGACCGUUCCUCGCUCCUCUCUGGGACAACAACAUCACAUCCAGCUGCAUCGAGUCUGCUCCAAACAGUGACAAUAACUAUCACUCACAGCUGUUGGCCUCUGGGGUCUGCUCUGUCCGACCCAGAGACCUGCCUCAGUCCACCCUCCACCCCUGUCAGCACCAUCAGACCCACCACCCCGGCCUCCACAGCCACCUGGCCUAUAGCGGGGACCAGAGCCUGACCGGGGGGCUGCCCACGUCCAGCCUCUGCCAUGCCAGCGUCCUCAGCAGCAGCCUGCAGAGUCUGGAGAGCCUCAUCAGUGAGAUCCAGCCCCCCUGCAUCAAAGAGCGCAUGCUGGGCCGAGGGUACCGGGCCGUGGGGGUCCCUCUGCUGCUGCACCACCAUCCACACGGCUACCUGCAACUCCCGGUCCAGGACUGA